UUUUUUUGAGGAACGAAUAAAUAAAACCUUAUUAUACGUUUAAAAUAGUAAUCCAAGAAGCUAAGCUAUGUGAUCAACCCAAUUGUCCUUAAAAAAAAAAAAAAAAAAAAAAAAAAAAACACAAACAAACAAACAAAAAAUUGUGAAAAUGGCUGAAAAACUAGUCCGAGUUUCGCUAAUCAACCUAAUCUUUAUGAUCAGUAUCUUAAUGAUGAUUUCCGAAUCUAAUUCCGCUCCAAACUUAUUGGCACAGUCAUGCUCAAACACCACUAUGUUCGCCAACAAUAGCCAAUUUGGAGCCAAUCUCGAUACCCUUUUCCGUUUGCUUACCUCUAACGCCACCAACCCGACCGGCUUCCAUCAAGCCAUUUCUGGCGGUAGAAACACCACAAACGAAGCUGUAUAUGGCCAAUUCCUUUGUCGCGGGGAUCUGACUAUAAGCUCAUGCCAAGACUGUGUUACCACGGCCACUACCACUGACCUCCCUAAGAUAUAUUGUCCAAACCGAAAAGAUGCAAUAAUAUGGUACAACGAGUGUACGGUUAGGUAUUCCAACGAAUCAUUUUUUGGUAGCUUGGAUACUACGCCGUCGAGGAUUGAUUGGAGCUCGCUUAGUAUAACCGGCAACGCGACAAGGUUUAUGGACCUGGUGAGUAACAUGAUGAACAACGACAUUGGGGUAAGAGCUGCAACCGGAGGUUCACAAAAGAAAUUUGCUACGGAUUUUGUGAACUAUACUAGUUUUCAGACAAUAUAUGGGAUGGGGCAGUGUACGCCGGACUUAAGCCCUGGCGAUUGUAAUACGUGCUUAGUGGCCGCUGCUGGCGGGUUUAGAGAGACUCAAGGUGGAAAAGUAUUGCAACCUAGUUGUUUUGUUCGAUAUGAGGUUUACCCAUUUUUUAACAUGGUGUCACUACCAUCACCAUCACCAUCACCGUCACUGUCACCACAACCACAACCACCAUCGUUACCAACACCGAAUUCUUACGUCUCUAGUGGGAACAAAAUUUCAACAAAGGCGAUUAUUGCCAUUGUAGUUCCUAUUGUGGCCGUUACAGUGGCAUUACUUAUUAUAGCCAUUUGUUGUAGAACCAAAUACAAGAAAACAAAGACCUAUGACUCUGUUGCUGCUGAAACUGGUGAUGAUUUCACUACCGUCGAGUCCUUGCAAUAUGACUUAGCAACGCUUCAAUUAGCAACAAAUAAUUUUUCGGAUGCGAUGAAAUUGGGUGAAGGUGGAUUUGGUGGUGUUUAUAAGGGUACACUACCAAACGGGCAACAAUUAGCAGUGAAGAGGUUGUCAAUCAACUCUAGCCAAGGAAUACAAGAAUUCAAAAAUGAGAUUUUAUUAGUUGCCAAACUUCAGCACAGGAAUUUGGUUAGGAUUUUGGGAUUCUGUUUUGAAGGGCAAGAAAAGUUAUUAGUAUAUGAAUAUGUGCCUAACAAGAGCCUUGACAAGUUUCUUCACGAUUAUGGAAGUCAUGGACUAAUUGACUGGGGUACGCGCUACAAAAUUAUCGGAGGCAUAGCACGAGGGAUGCUAUAUCUCCAUCAUGAUUCUCAACUAAAAAUUAUACAUCGAGAUCUUAAGGCAAGUAAUGUGUUGUUGGAUGCCGAUAUGAAUGCCAAAAUUUCAGACUUUGGCAUGGCAAGAAUUUUUGUAGUGGAUCAAAGCCAAGACAACACAAGCAGGAUUGUUGGAACAUAUGGUUACAUGUCCCCUGAGUAUGCAAUGCACGGUCAAUUCUCAAACAAAUCAGAUGUUUAUAGUUUUGGCGUCUUGCUCUUGGAAAUUAUAAGUGGCAAGAGAAACAGUUCAUUUUACGAAUCCGGAGAGGCAAUGGACCUUUUAAGCUUUGCAUGGAAACAAUGGAGAGAUGGCAUGCCUUUGGAAUUCGUUGAUCCAACGAUAAGAGACUCGUGCUCAUUGGACGAAGUGAUGAGAUGCAUACAUCUUGGGUUGAUAUGUGUUCAAGAAUCACCGGAUGAUAGACCUUCUAUGGCAACAGUAGUCCUUACGUUAGACAGCUACUCGGUCACUCUUCCGGUGCCUGAAGCUCCAGGUUUCAUCAUAAAGAGUAAAGUUUCCAAGGAGAUGAGCAAGUCAGCACAUUGGUCUAGGAAUGAUGUCUCAAUCACUGAACUUGAACCUAGAUAGAUAGUUGAAGAGAGAUUUUAUAACCUUUCAUAGUGUGAAGUUUGUAAACAGCAUAUUAUACCUAAUUGAUGUUUAAUGAUGUA